AUGUUGUCUCUCAACAAGAUCACCCCUGCGUGGCUCCUUGCCGUCAUGGCGGUCCAGCCGGUAUCGUCAACUCUGCUCUAUGCCGCCUCUCACGCAGGAACUGUCACGACCCUUGACCUCAAGACCUCAGAAUCCGGGGCAACUUUGGAGGCAAUUGCAUCGACGACGGAAUGUGCGGCCAAUCCUUCGUGGCUUACCCUGGAUCAGUCAAAGUCUUUGCUUUACUGCGCAGACAGAGGUAUCAACAACCCCAACGGAACGCUCUUCUCUUUCAAGAAGUCCGAGGGCGGAAUUCUUUCACCUCUCGGCAAAUUGGGCACCAUCAAGGGCGCUGUCAGUUCGGUUGUUUUUGGCAAGGAUAACGGCGGAAUCGCGUUGGCGUCUUACCCAGCAUCCUCUUUCGAGGUCUUCUCCGUGGCUGAUCCCACCGAUAUCAAGCGGCUGCAGUCUUGGACUUACACUCUGGACCAACCGGGCCCUAAGCCCGCGCAGGCUGCCCCGCAUCCCCACGAAGCCAUCGUGGACCCCACGGGGGAGUACGUCCUAGUGCCGGAUCUGGGAGCUGACUUAGUGCGGGUGUUCCAAAUUAACCACGAGACUUACCAAUUGACGCCCAUUGCUCCUCUUCAAGCGGCAGUUGGCAGCGGUCCCAGACACGCUAGGUUUCUUGUCGCCGGAGAGAAGACGUUCUUCUUCCUCCUUGCGGAGCUUGAUAACAUCAUUACUUCUUACGAGGUCAAGUACAACUGCAACAAGACUCUGAGCUUCGAAAAAGUCUUUUCCGUCGGUACUCACGGACCGGACAACGUCGUCCCUGCUGGAGCGUCCGCGGCCGAAGUCCACGUAUCUCCUGAUUCCAAGUACUUGAUCAUCUCAUCUCGCGGCGUGAACACUUUCAAGAUUCCCAACUUCGACCCUAACAACAGCACUCAGAUUGUCUCUGACGCCAUGGCUACAUUUGCCAUUGACCACGAGACAGGCCACUUGAACUUCACUCAACUGCAUCCUUCCGGUGGCAGAUUCCCCCGUCAGUUCUCCAUCAACAAGGCCGGCGACCAGGUUGCUGUAGGACUUCAGCAAGAUGGCCGUGUGGUUGUCAUUGAGCGAGACGUGGAGACUGGUCUUCUGAAGGACUUUAUUGCAAACAUCUCCAUCACUGGCGAGGUUGUUUGCGUCAUUUACGACGAGUAA